GUCUUAUCAACAAAAUUUUUUUGAGUUCUAUCCAACCAUGGCUAGUUUGGCUAAAUCCAUGGUUGUUUGCUACACUCAGAAAUCCCAUGGAAAUCAAUCGACACCCAUUCCCCGAUUAAUAACCAACAAAGAAACCUCUAAUGGGAGACGGAAACUAAUCUCAACCAUCUUAACAACUUCAUUGGCAAUUGGUGUUGGUGGUGGAUUACAAGUGACGCCUAUGGCCUUAGCUGAAGCUUGGGGUACGAGGUCAUUUAUCAAGGAAAGGUUUUUCGAACCGGGACUCUCUCCGGAAGAUGCAGUGGCAAGAAUUAGACAAACUGCUGAGGGCUUACAUAGUAUAAGAGAAAUGCUUGAUACUAUGUCAUGGAGGUAUGUUAUCUUUUACAUUAGACUCAAACAAGCUUAUCUUUCUCAGGAUCUUAAGAAUGCUAUGACGACCUUGCCGGAGAGAAGUCGAAAGGCAUACGUGAACAAAGCAAAUGAAUUGGUGGAUAACAUGGCUGAGUUUGAUACCUAUGUUCGAACACCGAAAGUGUAUGAAUCGUACCUUUACUACGAGAAGACAAUGAAAUCACUAGAUGAUCUUGUAGAAUUGCUAGCCUAGGCGCAUAUACCCAAGGAAAUCAAAGAUGGAUUGGUUGUUCUUUGUGCGUCGAUUUCUAAGUUCUUUAAUUUGAUUUACUCUGCUAAGAACUUUAAAUAUAAUGGUUAUUUUCAUGUAAAUAUCAUAAUAUGUUAACAAGAAGAACCAAAUACCCAAAAUGUUUGUAUAAUCUUCUGAAGUUUUGAAUAAUUAAGCUCAAGUGCAUGUAUGUUUAAAUCUUCUGAUUUAAUGUCAACGGCUUUCAAGGUUGUCAUA